GAGACAAGUGCAAUCCUUUGGGUCCCCGAGUGUUCUUGGGUCGUGUUCCCAAAUACCAUCACACACUUUCUUUCUCCUUGGGAUGUCCGCAACCAUUUCUCUCUCUCCCUCUCUCUCUUUCUACUGUAUCCCAUUUUUUUGAAACCUUUUUAAAAAAAUUUAUUAUUAUUAUUUUUAUCGUUAAUCUCUGUGUGUAUAUAUAUAUACCCCACUCAUGCAACAUCUUCACUUAUACUGCUCAUUUCACCGUUCUUUCUCCUACUCUUUCUUUCUUUCUCUCUUCAACCAAAAAAAUAAAAAAGAAGUCUCUUUAUUUUGUGACUUGCUUUCUUGGUCUGUCUAUCUAUAACUAGUAACAUGGAAGAGCUAGACUAUCAAACUAAACCUAACUCCACAACCACACGCUUAAAACUCUUUGGCUUCAGCGUCUCAGAUGAUGAUCAAGAUCAGCUUCUUACACCUAUAGACUCAUCCAUCAAAUCCUCUUCUUCUACUUCUCCGGAGGCAGCUUCGACUGACAGUAACAGAAAAUAUGAGUGCCAAUACUGCUGUAGAGAAUUCGCUAAUUCACAAGCUCUUGGUGGCCACCAGAACGCUCACAAGAAAGAAAGACAGCAGCUUAAACGUGCCCAAAUGCAAGCUACUCGAAACGCUGCUGCUGCUGCUGCCGCCGUUUCUUUUGGUAGAAACCCUAUGAUCUCUGCCUUUGCUCCUCCUCCUCAUCUCUUGGCUCCGCCUGGCCCCGUUGUGCUCCCUGCCGCUGCCUCUUCUUGGGUUUACUUGCCCAGGCCCGCACCCCCUUUUCAUGUUACUCAUGGUUGUGUUUUUCCCACUGGUCCCGCUGGCGGUGGCGCUAGUGGUGUUGCUGGUGGGUUUGGUGGUAAAGGUGUAGGCGGAUUGCCGUAUAGCGGUGGUGCAGUUGGGGACAUGGGAUUUUCAAAUGGGCCGCAACAAGCCCAAAGUAGAGUUCAUAAUGGACGGCCAGAUGGGCUUCAUGGGCCAACGUCGUUGAGCAGGUUUUCCAAAGGCGAUGGUGGGCCUAGUUUUGAUGAAGCACUGGGCUUGGAUUUGCAUCUUAGUCUUGCUCCGGCUGCUCCGUGACUCGCUCUCGGGUCAGACUUGGAUAUUUUUCGAGUCCGAUCUUUUUGUACAUUUUUUCACAUUUUAUUUAUUUAUUUAUUAAUGGAAGUGAUGAUUUAUUUCCCUA